AAAAGCAUCGAGUGAGCAGCAGUGAGCAGCCCCUGGGUCCUAUCACUCCUAUCCUAUCUAAAAGCAUUGAGUUGCAUCGAGUGAGCAGCUCCUGGUUAGUGCUGCAUUGACAUACGCGGCAGAGAAGACACACGAAUCCGAAAUAUGGCAAGUUCGUCAAGACAUGAAACAAACAAAGUUUGCUGUUAUGCACAUCCAGAUGCACCGCUUAUCGAAGACUAUCGAGCUGGGGACCAAAUUUGUUCAGAGUGUGGAUUAGUUGUAGGAGAUAGAGUUAUAGAUGUUGGUUCGGAAUGGAGAACAUUUAGUAAUGAGAAGGCAGGUGUCGAUCCAUCGCGUGUCGGUGGGCCAGAAAAUCCGCUUCUCAAUGGUUCUGAUUUAUCCACCAUGAUAGGUCCAGGAACUGGAGCAGCUUCAUUCGAUGCUUUUGGUGCUUCAAAAUAUCAAAACAGACGUACGAUGAGCAGUUCCGAUAGAGCAUUGAUCAAUGCGUUUCGUGAAAUUAAUGGAAUGGCUGAUCGUAUCAAUUUACCAAAAACCAUUGUUGAUAGAGCUAAUAACUUAUUUAAACAAGUACACGAUGGUAAAAAUUUGAAAGGCCGCGCGAACGAUGCCAUCGCCUCUGCUUGUUUGUACAUAGCCUGCAGACAGGAAGGUGUUCCGCGUACUUUCAAAGAAAUUUGCGCAGUUAGCAAAAUCAGCAAGAAAGAAAUCGGAAGAUGUUUCAAACUGAUCUUGAAAGCACUCGAAACUAGCGUGGAUCUUAUCACUACGGGAGACUUCAUGUCCAGGUUCUGCUCUACUCUUGGUCUUCCAAAUAUGGUACAAAGAGCUGCUACGCACAUCGCUAGGAAAGCUGUAGAAAUUGAUAUUGUACCUGGAAGAUCGCCAAUUUCAGUAGCAGCUGCGGCUAUAUACAUGGCUUCACAGGCUUCCGAAGAUAAAAGAUCUCAAAAGGAAAUUGGCGACAUCGCUGGUGUAGCAGACGUUACGAUUAGACAGUCUUACAAAUUAAUGUAUCCUCACGCAGGAAAGUUAUUCCCAGAAGAUUUCAGAUUUGCAACGCCAAUCGAUCAAUUACCGCAAAUGUAAAGUUACCAUGGAGCCUUACAUUUUAAUGUAUAUUUUAUCACGUUAAAACAAUAGUUAUUUGUCCGAAAGUAAUCAUACAUAAAUAAUCUAACCUUUAUUUACAUUAUACAUUCCUAAAUGGUCUAUGACAUUGCUAUUAUCUAAUUUAUUACGCAUUGAGUACACUCAUUUGUUUUUUCUUUUUAUUGUACUUGGUUCCUGAGUUAUUGGUAUUUAAAACAAGAAUAGCUUGAUAAUCUAUAUGGUGUGGAUAAUCGUUAAUUUAAGUUCACGUCUUCGAAUGCUUUAUUUAGUAUGUUAUUAUUAAAUAAAAAAAAAUGUAGGAUAAAUAGGUAGGUAUGUAUUACCAACCAUGUUAGGAUCUCUCGAAUACAAGGUUGAAACAUUUGUACUACAACUUUUAUAUAUUGUAAUUAUCAGAAUGUUGACAACAGUGCGUACAGAUAUUAUUCUCGUAUUGUACAGAUGAAUAGAUCGACAAAGUGGUUGUAAAAUUUCAAUACAAAAAUACAUUAAAUUUCAAACCUUUAUGUACAAGUAAAUUAAGACGACUCGAGUUGAUAUUAAAAAUUUUCUAUCAACGUUUCUUAACGCAAUGUAGUAUAAUAUUUUUUUUUGUAUUUGAUUUCGAAGAAAAUAUAUCGAAGAUCGUAUGUAAAGUGACGCAUACUAGGCCUUAAUAUGAAAGUACCACAUGAUACAAUUUUAUGAUGAAUUCUGUGAUACUUUUAUUAAACGAUAACAAUCGCAUGUUUUCCGCUAUUAGAUUCGACUAUAAGAUCGAGAAACAACUUCGUUGAUGAAUAUGUAAACACUUUUUUUUUUCGAUUAAAGACAAUACUUUAAGAAACAUACAUAUCCUAAGUUGUAUAUCAUAUGUUAAUAAAAAGAAUUGUUACGAUUA